CUCGGCUCGGCUCGGCUCGGCUCGGCUCGCUCAGCGCCGUGCGGCAGCAGCGGCGGCCGCGGCCCCCCCAGCUCCGCGCUGUCCCCCCCUCCCCUUCGCCCCCAUGGCCACCAAAAUCGACAAGGAGGCGUGCAGGGAGGCGUACAACCUCGUCAGGGACGAUGCCAGCGAGGUGAACUGGGUGACGUUCAAGUACAAUGGCUCUACAAUCGUCCCUGGAGACCAAGGGGUAGACUAUGAAGCCUUCAAAAGGAAGUGCACAGACGAUGUGCGAUUGUUCGGCUUUGUCCGGUUCACCACCGGCGAUGCCAUGAGCAAGAGAGUCAAGUUUGCCCUCAUCACCUGGAUUGGAGAGGAUGUCAGUGGCCUGCAGAGAGCCAAAACUGGGACUGACAAGACUCUGGUCAAGGAAGUAGUACAGAACUUUGCCAAAGAAUUUGUGAUCAGUGACCACAAAGAGCUGGACGAGGAUUACAUCAAGAACGAGCUGAAGAAAGCAGGGGGGGCUAAUUAUGAUGCACAGACUGAGUAAAGGCAGGAAUCUCCUGGCACCAUCACCUGGAUCUCAAAGGGAGGGCAAAGGCACAAUAAACUAACACACCUGAGAGAUGAGGCAACUGUGGCUUUCUGUGGCUGCACAUAAGAACUCCCUUUUUUGCAUACAGUGGACUUUUAUUUUCCAUUCUCUCUCACGAAGCAUUCUUCUCUGGGGCUCUGUUUUUCUUUUUUCCCCCUUUUUUUACUCAUAACUCUGUCCGUGUUCUCGCACCUGUGGAAUUUAGGUUUGGCUCUGCUUUGGUCCUAUUCAGCCCUGUGUUAGUAGAGACUUGCCACUGUGUCCUUCUUCA